CUCAGACCGGAUCUCUGCCUGUUGUUUAUAAAACUGACCUCCGCGUUCUCUCACCGACCCUCCUCUGAACUCUCAACCCGACCAUGAGCGCCUCUCUGCGGGCUCAGUGUGUGCUCCUCCUCGGCCUCCUCUGGGGCUCCCUCUCCUCGGCCUCCUCCUGCCGCCUCCGGAUCCCCCCCCACGACCAGGUGGCCCGGGUCGCCCGCUUCGUCGCCCACCAGUGCGACUGGGCCUCCAUGGCCACCAUCUCCACCCACAAGCCGGUGGUCGGGCAGCCGUUCUCCAACGCCUUCUCGGUGAGCGACGGGCCCGAGGGCUCCGGCUCCGGGGUGCCCUACAUGUACCUUACCCGUAUGGAGAUCUCUGUGCAGGACCUGGAGGUGAACCCUCAGGCGUCUCUCUCCAUGUCUCUGGCUCAGACUGAGUACUGCAGACAGCAGGGCUUCGACCCUCAGAGUCCGCUCUGUGCUCACAUCAUCCUGUCUGGAUCUGUGCUGGAGGUGAACGGGACGGAGGCAGAGUUUGCUAAGAAAGCUCUGUUCAGUCGACACCCCGAGAUGAUCGACUGGCCGUCUGAUCACAACUGGUUCUUCGCCAAGUUCAACAUCACACAGGUGUGGGUGUUGGAUUAUUUUGGCGGGGUGAAGACCGUCACUCCGGAGGAAUACUUCCAGGCAACGCUGCACAGGAAGCCCCAUUGACGAUCAGAGCCGCUGGGAGGACGACGGCGUACGGCGGCGGCAGUGGCGAGGAACGAUCAGCUGCUCCUCUCUCUCUACUACAGUGAACGUGGAGCUGCUGUUCAUAAAGUUUAAUUCAUCAAUAAUCAAUCAAUGAACAAUAUUUCAGUUUGCUUGAAUGAAACUUUAAACAUUUAGAGACAAAUAUCUUUAAUCUCCUCUCAGAUUAAUGGAAAUAAAUAGUUAAAUUAGAGUUAAAAUAUUCUAAUGACGUCACAGUAUUUAACUACAUAAUCAAUACUGCAGCGAUCUGAUCAGCUUUUGGUUUAUAUAUAAAACGUAAAUGUGUGAUAGUGUGAAAUAAUAUGAGCAGUUUGCCCACUGGAGGGAGCUGCUGAGUUUCUGAUCGGACAGAUGUGUCUGUGAUUUCACUCAGCUUUGAUCAAUAAUAUUAGUAUUUAACUUUCUCUCUUUUAAAGGUUAAAAUCAAAAUAAAAGAAGUGCCUUUGUACAGUUUUAUAUAUUUUCUAUCACUGGAAAUGCACUUUAAUAAACACUUUAAUGUAUCUGAACUUUUCACACCAAACUCCAUUCAAUAAAAAUAGGAUUUAAGGUGUGAAGUUUGAGUGACUUUAAAUAUUACAGGAGCAGGUUGAUAUACAGAUUCAUUUAAUUUAGUUUAAAUUAAAUUAAAAAGACCCACAGGAUCAAUGUGUGUCAUCACAACUACAUCUCCCAUGAGUCUCAGCUGUUAAACCUCCUGGGAGUUGUAGUAGAACAAACUCAAGGUCCACUUACGAGCUUUCAACCACAUCUCACUCUGUUAGUGGAUCAACUUUAUUUAGUAAGUGGACCUUGAGUUAAGUUUAUUAAAUAAAUGUUAUAUUUUUAAUCAAAUGAUAAAGUGUUGACAGAUUAAAGCUUUAGUUUCUUAUUUAACUUCAGAUAUGGACAGAAAGGGCGGGGCUUAUCCACGGCGGUGGGCGGGGUUAUCCACUAUUAUUUUAAUGCUUCUUGUUGCUGUGAUACCUGAUCAAUGAUAAAUGGAAACAGAUGUUUUCAUAAUUUCCCAAUAAGAUUUAUUUUGGACAAAAUAUUAAUGGAUUAUUUGUAUAAAUAAAGUUUUUUGAAAAAUCUAAA